AUGAUGAAAUCAGUUGAUGGGCUCGCCUCUUUCUUACCCCCGCUAACACUAACCCCAUCCUCCACUUUCUCCUCCUCGAAACCAUCUUUUAUUAUGCCCUCUUCUUCUACUACUGUUGUUCCCUUUAAUUUCCGCAACUACUUUCCCCUAAAAUCCCACAGCCCACAAUUUAAUCUCCGCAAGAAAUUCUUGCUUUUGGUCCGGGCGUCUGAUGACAACAAAAGUAAUAACGGGGAAGACAGUAGCAAUCCAUUGAGCAAGGAAGGGCUCAAAGAUGAUAAUAAUACUAACAGCAACGGAAUCUAUGGUGAUAAUGGCGACCCGGAUAACGUGGUGGCGGUCGGAUUGACUGGGGUGUUGGCCUGGGCAAGCGUGCAGGUGCUGUGGCAGCUGUUUGUGAUUUCAAUAGCAAUCUUGCUGGCAGCUCUCAAGUACUCCUUCAUUGCAGCCCUCCUCAUCUUCAUCCUCAUUACCCUCCUUUAG